AUGGAUAAUCAAUUAUUGAACCAACCAACCGAAUCGAAUCAACAAGUGCAGCCGCAACCUUUUGCGGGAGAUCAGCAAAUCGAUCCCAACUUACCAAACCAACAAGGCUCUGACAUCCGACCUGACAUCCGACCUGGGCGGCAACGGGUCAAACGUGCAUGUCAACCUUGUAAAUCGAGAAAGAAGCGUUGUGAUGGAUCGGAGCCUUGCGCUACAUGUAUUCGAUACGGCUACGAAUGUCAUUAUGAACUUGGUCCGAGGAAACGGAGAAGACAUACUCUGAAAGAUCACGACACGGAUGUUUCGCAAAGUCACAGUUCACCUGAUGCGAGCAUUCAUCAUCGAGAUGAACGGGAGAGAGCAGAUAGUGAAAGUGCUCAUGUCCCUCAUACCAGUGGUGCCAAAGAUACAAAUCUUUGGGGGAAAGCUUUUGCCGCUUCUUUGGCUUUGAAAUUGGAUGCUGGGAAGUUGAGUAAACCGCAUUUGGCUUGGAAUUUGGGUCUCAAGGAUGAACAAUCAUAUGCUCAACCGCCGAUCACGAGAGUGAUAGGGCAAGCUGAGAUGCAGAGACUCGCAAAUCAUUAUUUUGAUACGACGCAUCAAAUCUUUGGAAUCUUCAAGAGAGAUUUGUUUGAUCGAAAGAUUGUUGAGAGAUGGGGAUUAAAUCUGGAAAACUCUGAUCCCCACGAUCCCAUCUUGUGUGGUGUUGCAGCAUUGGGAUCUUUGUUUUCGGGUGGCAAUCCCAGUCCAGCAGAAGCACAAUUGGUGGAAUUGGCAAAGAUGGCUUUGGAAACGACGAGUGUGCUGAACUAUCCUUCUCGGCACCAUGUGGUCGCAUGGGUAUUGAGGACACUUUUCUUGAGAUGUACGGCCUGUCCUCACGCUGCCUGGAUUGCCAGUUGUACGACAAUGCACAUUAUUGAAAGUGUAGGAAUGGAAGAUGAUUCGGAUAACAGCAGUAGCGAUGCGGAGCUCGAGAGAGGAAUCGGUUGUGGCGUCUUGAAUAUGCAGAGAUUAUUUUGGAUUGCUCGACUGAUGAAUUCGUGGGUUGCGAAUGAUUAUGGUCGGUCGAAGGUUACUGUGAAAAUACCUACACCUCCUUUUCCCUCGCCCGAAAGUGAAGCGGAUAUCACACUCGAUUAUCUCGCCUUGUUUCAGAUAUCAGAACGCCUCGAUCAGGACACGAACCAUACGUCCGUAGAAUUCGAAGCAGGUAUAGAAUCGAUCUACAGAUUUCAUGCUCGAUCAGAUGGAGCCAUACUUUCACAAACGAACUUGGGCUUAGGAUUGUACCGCCGGUUACGUCUCCUCGCCUCAACUAUAUCACAGGAUACCAUCUCUCAGGUGAUAUCAAUUGGUAUCAAAGGCUUAGGAUCCGUAAUGAAAAUGGUAGAGAAUCGUCAACCUUGGUGGCACGUUGCCAAUAUCCCCUUUCAGUUCGUCUGUAUCCUCCUUGUCAUAGAUACCCCCGAAUCACUCUCGCAUAUCGGCGAAGCUCUCGAAACUCUAGAUGCAGUAUCCCGCUGUUUCACCACUCGCUCACUUACAGAAUCUGCAGCAACGGCUCGAACCCUCGUGGAGUUAUCUCAAAAGAGGAAACAGGAAGAAAUUAAUAUUCUCGGCCAGGGCCUCAAGACCAGGAUAGAACCAAUGCAGACUAACCAAUUACCGAUGUCCACUUUUAACACUAGACAGAUGAUGCUGGCGCCGACGAUGAUGGGAAAUGCGAAUGUGAAUGGGAAUGGGAAUGGGAUCAUGCCUGGAAUGCCGAAUAUCGGCUCGAUGGAUUUUACCGGGUUUGAUUGGGACUCUUUCCUGAGUAUGGAUAUUCCGGUGCUGGAUGCUACGGCGAUGCUUUGA